CCGCUUCUCCCGCGUCUCGCCGCCAGCUCGCCGGAGGGUCUCCCAGGGUCGAGGGUCCUGCCCCUGCCCGGCUCCGAGUGCCACCUCUUCGGCUACCGACAUCUGCAUUCCCCGGCGUGUAUGGAGCAACAUCUUUAGAGAUAGUAUCUCGUCCUCCAUCUCGGCACUGUCAAGGGUUUUUUUUUUCCACGUUUAAGUGGUGGUUCUGAAGGAUGCUGACUUUGUGGGUCGCUCCAGGGUCCUGGUGAAGUGUCUCAUGUGUCACGUGGAGAAAGAAUGGCCCACAGAAUGCCGUCACAAGGCAAAGUGACCAUCUCGGUGGACGAGUACAGCUCCAACCCCACGCAGGCCUUCACCCACUACAACAUUAACCAGAGCCGCUUUCAACCGCCACACGUGCAUAUGGUGGACCCCAUCUCGUACGACACUCCCAAGCCGAGUGGCCACACGCGUUUUGUGUGUGUGUCAGACACACACUCACGGACAGAUGGCAUCCAGAUGCCUUACGGGGACGUUCUCCUGCACACGGGGGAUUUCACCGAGCUGGGCCUGCCCUCGGAGGUCAAGAAGUUUAACGACUGGUUAGGUGGACUGCCGUAUGAGUUUAAAGUGGUGAUCGCGGGGAAUCAUGAGCUGACCUUCGAUAAGGAUUUCAUGGCGGAGCUGGUCAAGCAGGAUUACUAUCGCUUUCCCUCCGUGUCCAAGUUGAAACCCGAGGACUUUGACAGUGUUCAGUCUCUCCUGACAAACUGUGUUUACCUGCAGGACUCAGACGUCACCGUCAAGGGCUUUCGAAUAUAUGGCACACCAUGGACGCCGUGGUUUAAUGGCUGGGGUUUUAACCUGCCCAGGGGACAGUCCCUGCUCGAUAAGUGGAACCUCAUCCCAGAGGGCAUUGAUAUUCUCAUGACCCAUGGGCCUCCCCUCGGUUUUGUGUGUUUGGUACCGAAGGAGCUGCAAAGAGUUGGGUGUGUUGAGCUGUUAAACACAGUCCAGAGGAGAGUCCGGCCCAAACUCCACGUCUUCGGAGGAAUUCAUGAAGGUUACGGCAUUAUGACAGACGGGUACACAACAUUCAUCAACGCCUCUACCUGUACCGUCAGCUUUCAACCCACCAACCCUCCCAUCGUGUUCGACCUCCCAAACCCCCCCAGCUCUUGAGACGCCCGCAAGCGUCACCAUAUUCUCCUUCUCUCCUCACGUUUUCUAACAAUACUUCGAAAAAAAAAAUUGUUGAAUGUUUCUUUUAAAAUCGCCAGUCUUUUGCUAAAAAAUUCAGUGGAAGUUUCUGAUGACGGACGGGAUCAUGCAGGUGUUGCGUACAGAAGUAGUGAACAAUCUUAUGAAAAGAUCUGAUUAAAUCUGUAAGAUAAUAAGCUUUGUGAAUUUGUAAAAUUGUCUCUUUUUUGGUCAAUAUUCAAAGUAUGUUAGUAUGGGAUGCCAUUGUUCAUUUUGUAUAUUAUUUUUCAGGAUAAUUAAGCUUUCUUUUAGCUGACAGGGAUAAUGCCUUAAACUAGCUUUAAGUUCCCCCGGCUGGAGCCCCUUCUUUCUGCUAGCGAAGAGAAAGCAUCAUAUUUAUUGUUUUUAUCCAAAACUAGGGAUUUCUCUCUUUUUUUGCAUUCGAAGAACACUUUCUUACAAGCGCAGGGAAGACAUGGAUGCAUUUUAACUCAUGUAUAUUCUGGAGCGCCUCAUUCUGCAUAGAAAUUGGAAAAUGUCUUAAAAUAUGAGUAUAUCUAUAUGUAUGUGUGUAAGCUGUAAAAUCUCUAAGUAAAAUUGUGUUUGUUCUAAGCCUCUUGAAGAAUAUCAUUUUGCCUGUAAGUGAUGACUUAAAGUGCGUAAAGCGCACACAUGCUCUUUUCUGUUUUCAUGAAAUGUUCCUCUGAAGCUCAUUCAGUGUUGCCUACUUUAUGGCGUAUUGUUCCAUACAAUAAACGAGUACUCGAGUUGAAAUUA